AAAAAAACAUCAGAGACAAGUGAUGAACCAGCUUGCCACUGCCAGAGCUCACACGCUACGAUGUUUACUUCGAACCGCCUCCAAAUUCAGAUGAAAACCAGUCUAUAUGGUCCACAAUAGUGCGUAAGUGGAGCCAGGACAGUGGUAACUAACAGCAAAUGUAUCCAUCAGACGAAGUUAAUGCCUGGGUCAAGAGGAUGAAACGAAGAACAGAUUACCCAGCAGGUCAAUCAUCCACCCCGUGCCCAUUAAGCAACAAAAUUGCACUUCUUUCCCUCCACUUGUGUCUGUCCGCACACUGACGGAGACGCCGAUGAUCGCUCUCAAGCGCAAGCACCUUCUAGAAAUAAUCGCCCGUGUACUAUCUGUUUCCAAAAGGCAAAUGAUGCGUCGAGAAGUAAUAGUUUAGCUCAGUGCUAGUGGGAAACAGGUGAGAUUUAUUUAGUGAAGCCAGUUAGAGAGGUGAUGUCAGGGCAACUAAACUAAGGCAUGCUGUAAAAGUUCAUCGAGAAUUGAGUCAAGGAGGACUAGAAAAUCUACAAUGCAGUUUUUUUUUGGUACGGAAGGUGUUUGGCAAUUGACUUUUCAGUAGAUUCCAGCAUGCAACCGAUGGUGAAACACUGAAACAUCAGUGUGAACUUGGAAGCUGCCUGGUGGGCUGGGGGCAGUUGUGUAAAAUCCAACCGUGCUGAUUACCACUACAAGGGACAGAACAAAUGGGAGCAAGAUCUGCUUCUUUCUUUCCCAUCAUGCUCUUUCAUGAUUAGAUCACCAUUGAUGCAUCAGGUCAGGGCACAACUUAAGCUCUGCUUCCCGUGCUAGUUCCACCAAUAAACCAUGCAGACACUCCAGCUUCCCAACAAGACACACAGUAAGAUAUCGCACAUACCUUCCCUUGGCCUUGCUCUUGUGCUGCUGAUAUGCUUGGCCGCUCCUACCAGUUCCUGCACCGAGCAGGAGAAGGGCUUCCUUCUCCAGUUCCUAGCCGGGCUUUCACAAGACGGUGGUCUUGCUGCCUCCUGGCACCAUGGCACGGAUUGCUGCCAGUGGGAAGGGAUCACUUGCAGGCAAGAUAGGACGAUCACCGAUGUCUUGCUGGCCUCAAAGGGCCUUGAGGGGCACAUCUCAGGGUCCCUUGGGAACCUAACCGGGCUGCAGCAUCUUAACCUCUCCCACAACUCACUGUCCGGUGGUCUGCCACUGGAAUUGGUAUCGUCCAGCAUCAUUGUCCUUGACAUCAGCUUUAAUCAGCUCAACGGAACACUGCUAGAGCUGCCAACAUCGACCGCUGCCUGGCCACUCAAGGUAUUGAACAUCUCGAGCAACUUGUUUACAGGACAGUUGCAAUCCACCACAUGGAAAGUGAUGAAGAAUCUGGUCACGCUCAAUGCAAGCAACAAUAGCUUUACUGGGCAGAUACCAACUCAUUUCUGUAAUACCUCACCAUCCUUCUCUGUGCUUGAUCUGUGUUUCAACCGCUUCAGUGGCAGCAUCCCCCAAGGCCUUGGUGGUUGUUCAAAGCUGAGAGAGCUCAGGGCUGGGUACAACAACCUCAGUGGAACAGUCCCGGAUGAAGUGUUCAAUGCUACUUCGCUGGAAUACCUGUCUUUUUCUAACAAUGAUUUACAUGGAGUUCUUGAUGGUGCACACAUACUCAACCUCAGAAAUCUGUCUACCCUUGAUCUAGGAGGAAACAAUUUCGGUGGCAACAUUCCAGAUUCCAUAGGCCAGCUCAAGAAAUUGGAGGAGCUCCAUUUGGACAACAACAAAUUGUCAGGGGAGCUGCCAUCAGCUCUAAGCAACUGCACAAAUCUCAUAACAAUUGACCUCAAGAAAAACAAUUUCAAUGGACAGCUCACCAAGGUCAAUUUCUCCAACCUGCCCAAUCUAAAAACAUUAGACCUUCUAGAGAACAACUUCACUGGCACAAUUCCAGAAACUAUAUACUCUUGCAGCAAUCUGACAGCACUGCGGCUGACUCGCAACCAUUUAGAUGGGCAGCUUUCACCACGAAUUGGCGAUCUGAAGUACCUCAGCUUCCUAUCACUUGCUGAAAAUUCUUUCAGAAACAUCACAAAUGCACUUCGGAUCCUUAAGAGCUGCAGGAACCUUACCACCCUGCUUAUCGGGGGAAAUUUCAGGGGAGAGCUCAUGCCAGAGGAUGACAUUCUUGAUGGUUUUCAGAAUCUUCAGGUUCUUGCGAUAAAUGGGUGCUCAUUGUUGGGAAAAAUACCUCGUUGGUUAUCAAAGAUAACAAACUUGGAAAUGUUAUUUUUACAUAGCAAUCAACUUACUGGGCCGAUACCUGACUGGAUCAGCAGCCUAAAUUUCCUCUUCUGCCUAGACAUAAGUAAUAACAGCCUCACCGGGGAAAUUCCAACAGCACUGAUGGAUAUGCACAUGCUGAAGUCAGAAAUGACUAAAGUCCAUUUGGAUCCAAGUAUCUUUGAGCUUCCAGUUUAUACAGGCCCUUCAUUUCAAUACCAAUACCGUGUACCCACUGCAUUCCCUAAAUCGCUGGAUUUAAGCAACAAUAAAUUCACUGGUGAGAUACCCUUGAAUAUCGGUCAGUUGAAAGGCCUCCUGUCAGUCAAUUUGAGCUUCAACGACUUGACAGGACAGAUACCACAAUCAAUAUGCAAGCUCACAAAACUGCAGGAGCUAGACUUGUCCAGCAACAAUCUCACAGGUGGUAUCCCAGCUGCAUUGAGCAACCUGAACUUUCUUUCAGCAUUCAACAUUUCACACAAUGACCUAGAAGGGCCUAUUCCAUCUGGAGGCCAGUUUAAUACAUUUCAAAAUUCUAGUUUUGAUGGGAAUCCAAAGCUCUGUGGCACUGUGCUCACUGAGAAAUGUCGUCCAGGAUCAACACCUUUAGUUCCCAGAAAACAAGGAGAUAAGAAGGCCAUUUUUGCAAUUGCAUUUGGUGUGUUCUUUGGAGGUAUUGCUAUUCUUUUGUUGCUGGGGCGUCUCCUUGUCUCAGUCGGGAUGAAAGGUUUUACAGGAAAAAAUCGAUGGGAGAAUAACGAAGGUAAUGAAGGAACUUCAUUCUACUCCAGUUCAGUGCAAACACUAGUGGCGAUGCGGAUGCCACAAGGAAAGGGAGAAGAAAACAAGCUCCAAUUCACCGACAUUGUGAAAGCUACGAACAACUUUGACAAGGAGAACAUCAUAGGAUGUGGAGGUUAUGGAUUAGUCUACAAGGCAGAGCUACCUGAUGGCUCCAAGCUUGCAAUUAAAAAACUCUACGAUGAAAUGUGUCUGAUGGAAAGGGAGUUCACUGCAGAGGUUGAUGCUCUCUCCAUGGCACAACAUGAAAACCUCGUACCGCUGUGGGGUUACUGCAUCCAGGGGAACUCAAGGUUCCUCAUAUAUUCCUACAUGGAGAAUGGCAGCCUGGAUGACUGGCUCCAUAACAGAGAUGAUGGUGCUAGCUCAUUUCUUGACUGGCCGACACGGCUCAAGAUUGCACAAGGAGCAAGCCUGGGCCUUUCUUAUAUUCAUGAUGUCUGCGAGCCUCAUAUCGUCCACCGUGACAUUAAAUCCAGUAACAUCCUACUGGACAAAGAAUUCAAAGCUUAUGUUGCAGAUUUUGGGCUAGCCAGAUUGAUCCUUCCCAACAAAACUCAUGUUACAACUGAGUUGGUCGGCACUAUGGGUUACAUCCCUCCCGAGUACGGGCAAGCAUGGGUUGCUACUUUGAGAGGUGAUAUAUACAGUUUUGGAGUAGUCUUGCUUGAGCUGCUCACAGGAAGCAGACCUGUUCCAGUCCUGUCUACAUCAAAAGAACUUGUCCCAUGGGUUCGACAGAUGAGAUCUGAGGGUAAGCAGACUGAAGUCCUGGAUCCAACACUUCGAGGAAGAGGAUAUGAAGAGCAAAUGUUGAAAGUGCUUGAAACCGCUUGCAAGUGUGUUGAUAACAAUCAAUUCAGAAGGCCAGCUAUCACAGAAGUUGUCUCCUCCCUGGCCAGUAUAGAAGCUGACCCAUAGAUGCAAAGACCAGCCAAGAUAAAAUGAACUAUGCAUGAUAGAUAAUCCUGUAUUUCCGUGCAUGAUGUACAUGUAACAUUCUUAGUUUUACUAAAACUGCUACUUUUGAUAAACAUUAGAGUUUGUUUUUUACGUUGCCAUUUUGAGCUUUACAUACUUCUUUAAGGAAAGAUUUUGUAGAAUUCAUCUAAGUUUCCUAUGUUUCUAAAUUACUAUACAUAUACGUAAGUUUCACAAGCAUAAAAUAUUCCUAUGUAAAGCAUGGGACAAAGUUAGACAUGCGAAAUGCAUUUUUCUUCAGUGAAAUAUUCCAAAUGGUUUCCAUUCAAGUACAGAUAAGCAUUGAUAAUGAUUUCCAUUAAAGUGCAGAUGUUAUGUGCUGUCAUCCAUUUUCUUUGUAUCAGAUGUUUCGAGAAACCACCAUAAUUGGAGGUGAAUUACCGAAUUACUACUACACAUCAAAUGUUUGGUUGGUCCAACCUUUGAACAAAUGGAAUGAGCAUUUGAUAAUGUAAUACAACUACUGUAGUACUGUCUUCAGAAUGUACAUAACUCAGCACGCACAACACAAUGUAGUCGCUAGCAGAACUCGAGAGGAAUGGCACCUAGGUAGUACGUACCAUGUCGAAGGAUUCACGCUGCCAAGAAACCACGGGCCUUGCAACGUAGCUCGCCAGUCGCCACUCCGGCGUAUAUACACAUACGCAUCAGAACGCUUCCCAGGCCUGUUCUACGAGCCGACCUGCCUUCUCGACCGCAACCGUCGCGGUCCAAGAAAAAACACCAGGGUCGGCAUUCCGCCGAACGGCCUGAGCGCGCUGGGCAGAGAAGGUGGGCAUUGUGCCAGAGAAAUAGAUGCCAGCGUGCGCGUGGAACGGAGCGAGCGUGGAAGCGGGGAUGCGGUGCGAGCACGGCAGCGUGCGAGGAGGAGGAAGCACUUCCGGUGAGAAUGCGGGAGUUGCGACUCGCCUGAGCCGGGAGCGAUGGCGAUAGAGCGGGGAAAGCGUACGUAUCGAGCGAUCGCCUACAGCACUCCGCACGGGCACGUCCGAGUGGGAUCUGGGAUG